GCUAAAAAGUGUGUGUGUUAACCAUGUAUCUGUUGUAAUGCCGAUGUGUCGAUGCGAGGUAUAACUAUAGGUUACGCCGCCAUAGCGGCUUUGCUGGGCACCCGUGGGUUGAUACAUGUCAUUGCCGAGGACGAAAGGGGUGAUGACAACUAUCCCGAUGCGCCAGACAGCGCUUCCCCGGAUGAGUUGGCCUACCCUUACUUCAACGUGCACUACCAUUACAACAAGCAUGACUGGAACAAGGUUCUAGAGGACCAGAACAGACUUAUCGCAUUAAGGCGCAGGGUUAGGAAGAUGCGCCAACAGCUGGAGAACGACUCCAGGCGUACUGCUGACUUUUUGAACAAGCAGGAUGUAAUACUUACGGAUGCCAGGGCCAGUCUGUUCCAACGUGCUCUGUACAAUGCCACUCAACCCAGCUAUGCACGCGGGUUCAAGAAAGCGCCGGCAACAGUUCACGACAGGCUGCAUUACAUGCAUGAUGAAUUCUACCAGCCUAUACCGGCUAGUGACUUCAUUAACGUCAAUGAACCAUAUUACUUUGGUAUGUUGGCAAGCCAGAUGCUGUAACACACUGUUUAAUCUAUGAAAGUGAUAUCUAAUGUUUUCUUGCGAUUAAA